GUGUUCUUCUAGGUUCGUGUUCCAUAUUUUCACACACUUCACUUUUCAUUGGGAUGUCCGCACAAACCCCUACUUCUCUCACACUCUUUUCAGUCUCUAAUAUUCAAUUUCAUCACUAUUAUAGGACUAGUAUUAUUUAUUUUCUUUUUCUUUUUUCCUCAAAAAUUCCUUAUAUAAAUAGAAAUAGACCCAACACAUCCAACACCACCUUAACAUCAAACAAACCCAUUCCAUCCCCUAUACAAACUUAUCUCCUCAUUUUGCACUUCCAUUUCCUUAUCAUAUUCUUCUCAAAAACACACACAAGAAAGAAAGAAAAAAAAAACAAAAACACUCUCAUGGAAGAUCAAAUCCACAACAACACUAAAAGAAUAAACACCACGUGUUUAAAAUUAUUUGGUUUCAGCGUCCAUGAAGAAAACGAUGAAGAAUCAUCAGCACCGGCACCACCACCAGCACACGAAGAUAUAACCGGAAACACUUCACCGUCCGGUUCGACAGAGUCCAUCAGCGGAGACGGUGGAGCUUCAAGUUUAAAUCCAUCCUCCGGUGACCGGAAAUACGAGUGUCAAUAUUGCUGUAGAGAAUUUGCAAAUUCACAAGCACUUGGUGGACACCAAAACGCACACAAAAAAGAGCGCCAACAACUCAAAAGAGCACAGUUACAAGCUUCACGAAACGCUGCCGUUUCGUUUGUUAGAAAUCCGAUUAUCUCCGCUUUUGCACCGCCGCAUCAUCUGCUUACUUCGCCGGGACAAGUUAUGAUGCCGACUGCUCCUCCGUCAUGGAUUUACAUGCCGCCUCGUUCGGCUCCUCCUCCUUUCCACGUGUCAGUUUCACACGGUUGUGCUUUUCCGUCUCCAAAUAACGGUAUGAGUAACUGUAACGGUGGUGGUGGUGGUGGUGGUGGUAACAGUUAUAGCUUUAUAACAGGUGCAAGAUCCGCGAGUGCAGGUGUGUUACCGUGUGUGAGUGGAGUAGGGGAUUGCUUACCCACAUUGUCGACUAUGGGCUCACAAGUACAGAGUCUGGCCCAGUUUGGGAAACUUGAUGGGCCAUCUUUGAGUAGGUUCUCUAAAGCAGAUGUAGGGCCCAACUUUGAUGAUGGAUUUGGUUUGGAUUUGCAUCUUAGCCUAUCCCCACCAUGAUGAAUCGACGCACCUAACCUCGGCUUCUUCGUUUUUUAAUGUUAGUAAUUAGUUGUUAUGUUAGUAUAUUUUUUACUUCACCAGGGUCCCAACUAUGGUCAUUUGAUUUAUCCAACUUCGUAAUUCUUAACUCAAAGUAAUUGAGUUAUUCAACCCAGCUCGGCUCGACGAUAGAACUAUUUAAAGUGAAUGGGUAUCAUAUGAUGUGAUGAUGUAGUCAUCCCUAGAUUCAGGUUUGAUGCACAACUUAGAGAGGCAUGUAUGGUUGUUAAUUAGUACUUCGACCUCACAUUUUGUACAUUUCUUCCCACAUUUAUUUGUUUAUUUUUUCAGCCUCAA